UUGUGCAGUGGCGAUCCAACGAUGUACGAGAGGUAUUGGCAGCAGAUGGGCGAAAAAUCAACGGUCGUGAUACCCGGUUGGAAAUUCAUCAGUUACUUUUCUGAUGUUAAUAAUCUUUGCUGGUUUUUGGAGCCCGAGUUUGCGAAUGCGGUUGUGAGGCUCCACGAUUUUGUGGGCAAUGCCGUGACCAAAGAUCGUCACAUAAUAGUUGGGUCGGGUUCAUCUCAACUCUUUCAGGCCGCACUAUAUGCUCUUUCCCAGCCCAAUAAUGAUUCCGAGCCCAUUAAUGUUGUCUCGGCUGCACCAUACUACUCGUCAUAUCUACCGAUCAUCGAACUUGUCAAGUCGGGACUAUACAAAUGGGGUGGAGACGCGCGCUUUUUCAAACCGGACAAACCGUACAUCGAGCUCGUAACAUCUCCAAACAAUCCAGACGGAUAUUCAAGACGAGCUGUGGUCAAUCAAAGUCAAUUAGGAAUGUUGAUACACGACUUUGCUUAUUAUUGGCCGCAGUAUAUCGCCAUCACUUCCCGUGCAGAUCACGACUUAAUGUUGUUUACAGUUUCGAAAAGCACGGGACAUGCCGGUUCGCGUUUGGGUUGGGCUAUUGUGAAAAAUCGAGAGGUUGCUAAGAAGAUGACGGAUUUUGUCGUGCUUAAUACGAUUGGCGUGUCUAAAGAGUCGCAGAUUCGUGCAGCAAAGAUCUUGCAAUCUAUAAUCGACAGCCACAAAGACACGAAAGUCGAGGCAUUUUUCGAGCAUACGUUCGACCUCAUGGCUGCAAGGUGGAAGAAGCUUCGUGACGUAAUAAACAAGAGUGAGAUCUUCACGUUGCCCAAGUAUUCUCCCGAGACGUGCAGCUUUAGUGGUCGUACAUUUGCAACACAACCCGCUUUCGCUUGGGUCAAGUGCAAAGGCGAAGAAGUAGAAGACUGCGGAAGCUUCCUUCGCAAUCAUGGUAUCAUAAGUAGAAGUGGGACCCACUUUGGGGAGAGCGGGAAAUAUGUUCGAAUAAGUGUUGUGCCACAGGACCGAGUGUUCGAACAGUUUGUGGGGAGGUUAUCUACUAUAGGUUAAAAUUGUUUUUUAGUCUUGCACAAGCUGCAAAUGUACAUUAAAUUAAGGUGAUCUGUUAGUGUUACCACACUACUUGUUGCUUGCUA